GUUAAUAAUUAAAAAAAAUUACCCAAGCACACCGUUGACUUAUUCUCCCACAAACACACACCAAUAACUCGGAGCCUUCUUCCCUUCCCGAACAAAAAGACGAAACAAGAUAGAUACAGAAGCCUGUCUAAAUGGACUGGUUUCAACAACUCUUUUACCUUCCAAAAGCCAUCCCUAUUUCUUCCUUUAUAUAAACUCUAAUUCCAAACGCCAUCUUCAUACAUAGAUCCUCUCAAAAACUUCAUCCAGAUCUCACACAACCCAAACUUCAUCUAAACCAAUUAUUAUUAAUAUAAUUACUUCUUCAUAACUUUGCUAGCUGUUUACAGUUGUUGGAUAUUUGUUUCUUCUUCAUAAUUAUCAUAACUUUGUAUAUUAUUAUUGUUGGGUUCGAUACUUCUGGUUUUUCUAUCUUCAAAACUUUUAUAAAUCCACAAAAUGAGAAAAACAAGUACGGAUGACGUCAGCCACCCAGACACAGAACUGUACGGAGCCGACAGGAAAUCAUUCAGCGGACCGUUAAACAAACGAACAACCCGAAAAAGCGCGCGGUUUAACCUCCCAGAAGACGGCGGAAGCAACAGCAGCGGAAGUCUACGCUCCAGAAACAACGAUGAUUACGUGGAAAUUACGUUAGAUGUCGGCGACGAUUCUGUUGCCGUACAUUCUGUAAAGACUGCUGGCGGCGCUGACGUGGAGGAUCCUGAAUUGUCGUUGUUGGCUAAAGGGUUGGAGAAGAGGACGUCUUUAACGACAUCGGUGGUGCGAAAUGCUUCGUCGAGGAUUCGGCAGGUGUCCGAGGAGCUGAGGAAGUUAACAUCGUUUUCGCGGCGGCCACAGGUCGGGAAUUAUGACCGGUCGAAGUCCGCCGCGACUCACGCGCUUAAAGGGUUGAAGUUUAUUAGUAAAACUGAUGGCGCGGCUGCGUGGGCCGCGUUAGAGAAGAGGUUUGAUGACCUGACCGCUGGCACCACCGGUUUGCUUCCCCGAUCACUGUUCGGAGAAUGUAUAGGGAUGAACAAGGAUUCGAACGACUUUGCGGGAGAAUUGUUUGAUGCACUUAGCCGGAGGCGGAAUUACACCGGUGACAUGAUUAACAAGGCUCAGUUGAAGGAGUUUUGGGACCAAAUUGCUGAUCAAAGUUUUGAUUCAAGGCUUCAAACUUUCUUUGACAUGGUUGAUAAGGACGCUGAUGGUCGGAUUAGUGAAGAAGAAGUUCGAGAGAUUAUAAGCUUGAGUGCUUCGGCUAACAAGUUAUCGAACAUUCAAAAACAAGCAGAUGAAUACGCGGCAUUGAUCAUGGAAGAAUUGGACCCGGACAAUCUCGGUUACAUCAUGAUCGAAAACUUGGAGGCAUUGUUAUUGCAAUCCCCGACACAAACUGUGAGAGGCGAAAGCAAGAACUUGAGCGUGAUGUUGAGCCAAAAGCUUAGAAACGCCGAUGACAGAAACAUAAUACAACGAGGGUACGAUAGAUUCAAGUACUUUCUAGACGAUAACUGGCAAAGAGUUUGGGUGCUUGCACUUUGGAUCGGGGCGAUGGGGGGUUUGUUUACUUGGAAAUAUAUUCAGUACAAGAAUCGGGCCGCAUUUGAUGUAAUGGGCCAUUGUGUUUGUGUGGCUAAAGGUGGAGCCGAGAUUCUCAAGUUAAACAUGGCUCUAAUCUUAUUACCCGUGUGUCGAAACACCAUCACAUGGCUUAGAAACAAGACCAAGCUCGGUGUCGUGGUUCCUUUUGAUGAUAAUCUCAAUUUCCACAAAGUGAUUGCGGUUGGGAUCGUGGUUGGGGUCACGCUCCAUGGAAUUGCACAUUUAACGUGUGAUUUCCCGCGACUGUUAAGAGCUACCGAAGAGGAAUACGAGCCCAUGGUUCAAUAUUUUGGAGAACAACCCGAUAGCUAUUGGCAUUUUGUGAAGGAGCCCGUAGGGUAUACCGGGAUCAUAAUGGUGGUUUUGAUGGCAAUAGCCUUUACUUUAGCGACCCCGUGGCUAAGACGUGGUAGACUCAACCUACCAAAGCCGCUAAACAAGCUUACGGGCUUUAACGCCUUUUGGUACUCCCACCACCUGUUUAUUAUUGUUUACGCGAUGCUUAUAGUUCACGGGAUCAAAAUUUACCUCACGAAAGAAUGGUACAAGAAGACGACUUGGAUGUACAUCGCAAUUCCAAUUUUGCUUUACGCAGGCGAGAGAUUACUCAGGGCGUUAAGAUCUACUGUCAAGCCCGUCCAGAUGUUGAAGGUGGCUGUUUACCCCGGAAACGUGUUGGCGCUUCACAUGUCAAAGCCUCAAGGAUUCAAAUACAAAAGCGGGCAAUACAUGUUCGUGAACUGCAAGGCGGUUUCUCCGUUUGAAUGGCAUCCGUUUUCAAUAACUUCUGCACCCGGAGAUGACUACCUAAGUGUGCACAUCAGAACACUCGGCGACUGGACCCGACAACUAAAAACCGUCUUCUCUCAGGUAUGUCAACCACCCGCUAAUGGCAAAAGCGGACUCCUAAGAGCCGAUUACCAAGGAGACAACCCUUUCCCAAAGGUUCUAAUCGACGGGCCAUAUGGUGCACCAGCACAAGACUACAAGAAAUACGACGUCGUGUUGCUAGUGGGCUUAGGCAUUGGUGCCACCCCAAUGAUCAGCAUCGUUAAGGACAUCGUGAAUAACAUGAAAGCGAAACAGGAGGCAGACGAGGCCUUGGAAAGCGGUGGCAACAGCGCGAUGCCGCCAGCAUCACCGCUGGCGAAAAAGAACACCUCAAACAACUUCAACACAACUCGGGCUUACUUCUAUUGGGUAACUAGAGAACAAGGGUCGUUUGACUGGUUCAAAGGGGUCAUGAAUGAGGUUGCGGAAACAGAUCAUAACGGUGUGAUCGAGAUGCAUAAUUACUGCACAAGUGUUUAUGAAGAAGGUGAUGCUCGGUCAGCUUUGAUCACCAUGCUUCAGUCGCUAAAUCAUGCCAAAAAUGGUGUUGAUGUUGUUUCGGGUACUCGGGUCAAGUCGCAUUUUGCAAAGCCCAACUGGAGAAGUGUUUAUAAGCGUAUCGCUCUUACUCACACCGGUCAACGUAUUGGGGUAUUCUAUUGUGGAGCACCUGCACCAGUCAAAGAGUUGAAACAACUUGCUUCAGACUUUUCGCACAAGACUAGCACCAAAUUUGACUUUCACAAGGAGAACUUUUGACCUCAAAAAGAAAAGUCAAAUGAACUUUUAUAGAAAUUUUGUAUAUCAUCCAAUACUAAGGCAUUUUAAUUUUUUUAUUGUAUAUUUUUAUUUAGAUAAAAGAUUCUUUGUACGUUUAUAAAUCUGUAUAAUAAAUAUGUUAAUCAUUAUCAAUUAUUUUUUUCUAAUAAUAUGUGACGUUCUAGA